UUUAUUUGUUUGACAGCUUCCUCUUUGUGUAAUUUAUGCUUACAGCGGUUGUUAUGUUGUAAAUACGUUGUUUAUUAAACCAAAGGCGGAUCUAUUUUCUUAUCAAGGCUAUGAAUUUAGUGCUAAUGGAAUUUAAAGUUCUCUCAGUCCUCCGAUAUCUACAUUACGAUUAAAAUAGUUACACGUGUGGCUGUAAUAACAUAGGGGUGUUCUAUUUCACAAGACCCUCAUUGAAGAUCCCUUGGACCCUACAACAAUUGAUCUGCAUUCUUCUUUAUCUGAUUUUACCUCAAACAAAUUUAAAAUGCAUUUGCUUUGUUGCAGUUGAUCUUAAAACUUGCGGAAUAAGGAUAAAUUAAUGCAAUUAGUUCCUGCAGAAGGCAUGAUCUUAAUAGGCUGUAGUGUCAUACUGUUUUUCACAAGUCUAACUCUGGGAUCAAAAUAUGAUGAAGGAAAGAACAGAGGUACUACCAAAGAAUACUGUGAUUCUGAAAACUGCGGCAACCUGAAGAGAAAACUAAUUUACAAUGAAGAAUCAAUAAGUUUGUCUAUCAACGAGAAUGAUGAGAAGUUUAUAGAACAAUUCUUUCCAAGUACUUUAAAAUCUCUCCCAUCCACGGAUUGUCGUAAAUCUCGGGAAGACUUCUGUUUGACAUGGGGAGAUUCACUAAAAGCUACCAUGAAGAAGAAAUCCCUAAAAGGGCAGAAAUGUUUUGAGUUGAACUUCAGUUCCAAACCGUCAUCAGACAUACUUCCUACAUCCUGUAUCCCGCUAGAAGGAGCAGCUUGGUACGGGGGAGCAGAAUUACACCGACAGAGAUGGCCGCUCAAUGACGUCAGCUUACCCAUGCAGCCAUUCAUUUCAAACGAUAUCGUUCCAGAAAAGUCUGCAUUUGGUAAUGUCUUGGAGCCAUACUGGAUAAACUCUAAGGGGGUUGGUCUAUACGUAGAUGACGUCACUCCUCUGCAUGUAGCAAUUAAUGAAAAGAAAUCUCGUUUAUUGUGCCUACAAGCGAAAUUCCAGGAGCCACACUUUCGAAGAGCUACAUCUCAGUACCUAAUGCUUAAUUAUACUAUAUGCAAGCAAAGAAAUGUGAGAGAAAUAAGAAACUUUAUUCAUGAUUUGAUAUUCGACGUUCCAAACAAAAUGCCAGACAAAAGAAUGAUAAAAAGUCCCAUCUGGUCGACCUGGGCCAGAUAUAAGACUCUUAUAAAUCAAACAAAGGUUUUACAAUUUGCUGAAGAAAUCAGACAUUAUGGAUUUUCUAACAGUCAAAUUGAAAUUGACGACAAGUUUACAACAAAGUACGGGGAUUUUGACUUUGAUCCCGAUAAAUUUCCAGACCCUUUAGGAAUGAUUCAGCAGUUAAAUGCAGAUGGAUUUCGGACAACAGUUUGGAUGACACCUUUUGCAAAUCUAGACUCUGUUGCCUUCUCGGAGGGAUUGGAUAAAGGAUAUUGGUUGAUGGAUACAUCUGGGAAGGUUCCAGCAUUGGUUAAAUGGUGGCAAGGAAUCGGUGGCAUUAUUGACGUCACUAAUGAAGAGGCUGUAGAGUGGUUUGUUCGACGUCUGCGCGAGAUGCAGACUGAAUAUCAGAUCGAUUCUUUCAAGUUUGAUGCCGGUGAAAUGACUUAUUUGCCAUCUUCGUACUCAACUCGGUACAACCUGGGAAAUCCAGGAUUUUUCACCACUCUAUAUGUAGACAUGGUUUCUAGAUUCGGCGAUAUGAUUGAAAUAAGAUGUGGGUACAAAUCGCAGAGACACCCUGUGUUUGUACGCAUGGGCGAUAAAGAAUCUACAUGGGACUAUGAAAAUGGUUUUAAAACCCUUGUACCCACAGUCCUCACCAUGGGUAUUCUUGGAUAUCCAUACAUACUUCCGGAUAUGAUAGGCGGGAAUGGUUAUGGAGAAAAUCUCGGUAUCGACGUAGUUUUGCCGGAGAAGGAACUCUACAUCCGAUGGCUCCAACUUACGGCGUAUUUGCCAUCAAUGCAGUUCUCAUUUGUACCUUGGGAUUUUGACGACGAAGUCGUUGAGAUUGCAAAAGAAAUGGUUAAAAUUCAUGAGGAAGUAGUAACUCCUAUUUUAUUAAAAGCUUCCAAUGAAGCUCAAAAGUCAGGAGCACCUUUGAUACGGCCAUUAUGGUGGAUCGAACCGGAAGUCGACGAGGCGCUGAAUUGUGAUGAUGAAUUCCUGGUUGGAGACUCGUUACUUGUUUCUCCGAUAACAGACAGGGGUUCUAGGUCAAGGGACAUUUACAUUCCACGGGGAGAAUGGCGUGAUAAUCUUCACGGAAAUACGAUCACUGGACCAGUUACACUCAGGAACUAUGAAGUCACUCUACGACAAGUAGCGACUUUUGAACUGUUAGAUGAUGUAAAAUUUUAAAAUUAGAUUGAUAUUUACAAUAUUGGUGUUGAAUUUUGAUAAAUUUUACUAUUUAA